AUGGCUAUCAUAGCGGCUUUCCCUGUUGCAGCACUUCAAUAUGCUGUCUAUGCAGUUCCUCUUCUGCUCUUGGUCUACCUUGUCCAGAAUUAUUUCUUCAAUUCACUACACAUUUUUCCUGGGCCUUUCUGGGCGCGCGUGACUGAUAUUUGGCGAUAUCUCGAUGUGAAGGGCCGACACCCUGAGCUUACACAUAUAGCCUUGCAUCGCAGGUAUGGCGAUAUUGUACGUCUAGGGCCACGCACUUUGUCUUUCGCGGACCCAAAGGCAACGAAGGUCAUCUACGGUCUAAACAAGGGUUUCGUUAAGUCCGAGUUCUACCCAGUGCAAAUGACCGUUUCUAAAGGCGAGCCACUGCCAUCGCUGUUCUCUACGCUGGAUGAGGGCUUCCAUGCGAACCUCCGCCGGUCUGUCAACCACGCUUUUUCGAUGAGCUCACUGGUACAAUACGAGCCAAUGGUCGAUGAGACUACAGAAAUUUUCCUCGAUCAAACGGGCCGACUAUUUGCUGAUGGAGCCACUGUCUGCGAUUUCGCACGAUGGCUACAAUUCUUUGCCUUUGAUGUUAUUGGAAGCAUUACGUAUAGCAAACGCCACGGGUUUAUCGAGAAAAACGAAGAUAUCGAUGGCAUCGUUAGUUCGCUGGCAAAAAUCUUCGAUUAUUCUGCCCCUGUUGGUCAGAUGCCAUGGCUAGACAAGCUAUUUUGGAAGAACCCUAUAUUUGAUAUCCUUCAAAAAUUGGGCUUAUCAGAUAAUUCGCAUCCCGUGGCCGUCUUUGCAAAGCACCGCAUGGAAGAACGUAUGUCAGCAAAAGCUGAUGUAACGAGCCCUGGAACAAAGGAUGAUCUUCUCACCAUGUUCAUCAAGGCGGGUGAAACCCGUCCAGACUUUAUGACACACAAACGAAUCCUUACCAUGGCCGUCUCUAUGGCCUUUGCGGGGUCGGAAACAACGGCCAUAAGCAUUUCAGCCGUGUUCUACUUUUUACUUAAGAAUCCAAAGUGCAUGACACGGGUUACGCAAGAGCUGAAUGACGCCGUGACCAACGGUACGAUCGUGAACCGCCCGACUGGACUUGUCUCAUGGACAGAGUCGCGGCAGUUACCCUACCUCGAUGCCUGCAUAAAGGAAGCUUUCCGUAUGCAUCCUGCUGCGGGACUUCAUCUGGAACGUGUUGUUCCUGCGCCAGGGGUGGAGAUCUCCGGACAUUUCAUUCGUGGCGGAACAAUCGUCGGUUGCAGCCCCUGGGUUAUUCACCGUCGUAAAGAUAUCUUUGGUCCGGAUGCCGACAUAUACAAUCCCGAUAGAUGGCUUACUACUCCAUCAGAGCAACUGAGGGCUAUGGAUGGCAUGAUGCUCCACUUUGGUGCCGGUUCGAGGACCUGCAUCGGGAAGAAUAUCUCUUUAAUGGAGAUUUAUAAGAUUAUACCUAGUUUUUUGAGGAGAUUUGAGGUACAACUGGCACACCCUGACCAAGAAUGGAAACUGUGGAAUGCAUGGUUUGUACGCCAACUCAACUUUAAGACAAUUUUUACCCCGAAAGAGAUUAUAGUAUAA